AUGUGUGGCAUACUUUGUAUCUUUCGUCCAGGGCACCGAAGCUCACCUCCGAACGGUGUCUGCAAUGGACGGCCUAAAGAAACCCUACGGGAACUGGCCUUCCAACAGUCAAGUAAACAACGUCACCGAGGGCCGGACCACACCGGCUUGGUGGUGGACGAAGGGGAAGGGUUCGUGAUGGUCCAGGAGCGGCUAGCGGUGCUUGGGGUAAAGACGGGCAAUCAGCCCUUAACGUCGGCCGACGGAACGGUACACCUGGUGGCGAAUGGAGAAAUCUUCAACUUCCUACAAAUGGCGACCAUGGUCAGGGAAGCGGGUGGCGAACUUAUGCCACCGUACGAACCUCGAAGUGACUGCGACGUGCUGGUGGCCUUCUACGAACGGUUUGGCCCGGAACAACUGUUGAAAACUGUUCGCGGAAUGUUCGCGUUUGUUUUGUACGAUCGCAAAAGCCAGCAGAUUCUCGUAGCUCGUGAUCCAGUUGGAAUUAUCCCGCUUUACGUUGGCAGGGAUCGUGGUGGGAGUUUAUGGAUGGCUAGUGAAAUGAAGUGUCUGGUGGACUACUGCUCGGAAGGUGUGCAGGUGUUCCCGCCUGGGCAUGCUUACUGCGGACGUUGGGAGAGCUUUAAACCAACGCCAUACUUUAGUCCGCGCUGGAUCAAGGAAGUUCCGAACGGUGUGGUGGAUUUGGUGGAGUUACGCAAACGUCUUGAGGCGGCAGUUGAGUCUCACCUGCAGUGUGACGUCCCCAUGGGUGCCCUCCUGAGUGGUGGUCUCGAUUCCAGCCUGAUUGCUUCGAUAGCCACACGUAUUCUACGUCGGCGUUCGUCGAACUCUACAUUCCGCCUCAAAACCUACAGCAUAGGACUUCCCGGUGUCGGCCUGGAUCUCGGGUAUGCCCGCAUGGUGGCAGAUUUCAUUGGCAGUGAUCACACGGAAGUGCACUUCACCCUCGCCGAGGGACUGGACUACAUUCGACACGCGGUGUACCACUCGGAGACGUACGAUGUCACGACGAUUCGCUGCAUCGUUCCGGUGAUGCUGCUGGCUCGGUACAUCCGCAGCGAAGGGCUCAAGAUGGUCCUGUCCGGCGAGGGUGCCGACGAGCUGUUCGGUGGCUAUCUCUACUUUCACCGUGCGCCAAAUACCGCCGAAUUCCACCGGGAAACCGUUCGCCGUGUGCUGGGACUUCACCUCUCCGAUUGUCUACGGGCCAACAAAGGCUGUGCCGCUUGGGGAUUGGAGCUUCGCGUGCCCUUCCUCGACACCGAUUUCCUCCAGUACGCCAUGUCGAUCCGGCCCGAAGACCGCGCACCACAAGAGCACGUCCCGGAAAAGUACAUACUCCGGCAGGCGUUCGCCACCGCGAACUACCUUCCACCGGAAGUGUUGUGGCGUCAGAAGGAACAGUUUUCCGAUGGCGUAGGCUAUUCGUGGAUCGACACCGUGUCCCAGUGGGCUGCGGGACGUGUUAGUGAAGCGCAGUUUGCCACCGCCAGCGAACGCUUUCCGUUCAACACACCGUCCACUAAGGAAGCGUUCUACUAUCGGGAGCUUUUCGAGGAAAUGUUUCCGGGCGCUAGUUGCGCCAGGACGGUGCAGCGGUGGGUUCCCCGGACGGAUUGGGGUUGUCCGGAGGAUCCAUCUGGCCGGAAGCAGCAUGUGCAUCGGGGGAAGGUAAAGGAUCUGGGUAGGAUAGAAACGAAGCUUGAAUAAAAAUGAAUUCAGCACAAAG